UAGUUUAUUACCGCGACGAAGACAGUGAAUUGGAAGUUGGUAAUUCGCACAGAUACAUGAGUAUAAUUAUUUGAAAUACUUAUCGCCUGCCAAAUAAAACGGUAAAUAACUUGGUUUAUUCUUUUUGUAAUUACUGAAUGAAAAUAGCAAAACUCUGAUAUACUCAUUUGUCAAAUGAACUAAACGUGUUAAAAUGGUCAUUUGUUGUUCAUAAGCUUAGAAACUUGCCUACUCUGUGGCCUGUUAGGAGCAGAAAUACCAUAAGUUGGAAAAAUAAAUAGGCGUGUUUAACUGUUGGAGAUAAUUAGUAAUAAAUAAAAUAAUAACGGAAAUGUCUGACUUGUCAACAUCGUGGUUGGGAGUAGGCUCCUCUUCGUCGCCAUCUGAAUCGUUGUCUUCGUUUUCGCUCAAUUGUAAUGAUAUUACUUGGGAGACACUAUUCACGAAAGCCGCUUCUCUGCCUGCUAUUUUGGAGAAUGGACGCAAAGUAUUUGGACCGCCAGUAGAAUAUGUAGGUGAGCGUCCUUCCUACAUAUGUGAAUUAUAUGUAUCGAAUUUACCCAAGUCUCUGGAUGAGGUACGUUUUCUGGCUUGGCUGCAUCGUUGUGGUGUUGUUUAUGAAAUGCGGGUGAUGAUGCAGUCUUUUAGUACUACACGCGGUUAUGCCUUUGUACGUUACAUGCAAGAAUAUGAAGCUUUAGUGGCGUACGAAUUAUUAAAAUGUUUGUUUUUGUGCGGCGAACGUGUGUGCGUUUACCGAUCGCAAGGAAAAAAUCGCCUCUUUGUGAGUAAUAUCCCCAAGCAAUUACCGAUGUCGUCUCUGGAAGAAGGUUUCAAGAAAACAUUCCGCGACAUAGAGCGUUGUAUAGCAUUUCCCGCAACAGAAACUUGUUCGUUGAGAGGUGACCUUAAUCGUGGCUUUGCUUUUAUCGAAUUUUAUGAUCACGAAUCGGCUAUGGAGGCUAAGAAAAAAACGACACCUGGACACAUGCGCAUGUGGGGUAAUGACUUGAAAGUACAAUGGGCAAAACCGAAAUUAUUGCAAAUCCAUUUUAAAAGCAACAAUGAACAACAGGAAAUACGUUCAAUAACUGCAGCGUCAAGUAAACCACAAGACUAUUGUGCUAAAUUACGUUUGCUCUGUUUGGCUAAUAAUUGGUGCAUACCGGUGGUAAUUUAUGGGAAUUGCUUUUACCAAAAUGGAUUUCAAUAUGGUGGAAUAUUAUUGAAAGAUCCCACAAGUGGACAGUUAAGUGGCAUCCUAAUGGAGGUGGCUGUAGGUCGUGAUAUGCAAGAUGUGCAUGUAGCAAUGUGCGAAGUUGCUGCGCAAAUAAUUGACCGAAGUAACGGGUUUCCAAGAUACCACUACAUGGUGCGAGUGUUGAAUGGAUUUCGUGCCGAAUUAUUGUUUGUUUGCGAAAAUUGUUCAGAUAUUACGUCACUGGUGGGCCAUUGCGACAGGAAUGUUUUCAAUUUCAAGUCCAUGGUUGAGUUGGCAGUCGCUUUGGAAGUUUUGGCCCAAUAUUCUACAGAAUUUAUUUUAAAUACUUAUAGAAGAAGUUUUCUAGUAUUACGAAACUGCUUUUCUCUUAAACGCCAGUCACACAUUGUCCAGUUUUACAGUAUAUUUCCAAAGUUUCGUAAUAAUCCGCCGCUUAACCUGGCAUUCAACGAUACUGAAAUAACACUUUUUGUUCCAGAAGUUACAAUGGAACGCAAUAUUUACGAGUACUUAGCCGUGGGAGAACAAAAAAGUAAUCGUCCUUACAUGAUAUUGAAUUCACAACGGGUCCGGAACGCUGAUGGCUACACAUUACGUUAUAUCAGUUUGGAAAAAUUAGAAAGUCGAGAGUUUUACCAUCCAGAACAGAGGAUUAAUGUCUCACCAAUUUGGAUUACAGGUCAUUCCUAUCAAAAAUCUAUUUUCAAAUAGAAGUUUAUAUAUUUUUUUGAAAAGUGCCAUUCAUUGUUUGCAUACUUUGAAAGUGAAAUGAUUUUUAUUUUUUCUUUAUAUAAAAUAUUUAUUUUGUGAAUUUCAAAAAUUAUGUAUUUCUAUGAUCAUGUUUACUAAAGUGCAUCUGAAGAGUUACUGUUGAUUAUGCUUCAACACCACAAUUAUGUGAAAUUUUCAAUACCAUAUAUUGGUAAUAAACCUGUGUUUUUUGAAUAAA